AUUCUGUAUUACAAUUCCUUGUCUGCAAUCUGUUGCAUUUCUAUUUUCUACAUUAAGAUUUAAGUAUUUCUUUAAUAGUGGUCUCCAUUUCUAUUCUUAUAGCUUAAAUUUUCAAAUAAUUAAAUAACAGUUAACUAGUGGUAAAAAUAAAAUUUACCAUGGCGGGUUCACAAUUUUAUUAAGAUUUUAUUUAAACAUCAAUUAAUAAACCUACUAUGCAAUCAUUGUAAACAUUUAUAUUCUGUUUUUCAAGCCAUUAGUUUUUAUACCUGGUUUUAAAUAUUGCUUAUUUUCUAUGGACAGUUCUAAAGUAAAAUGUACGUUGCUUUGUGGCUCAUCAGCAGCUUACUCUCAAUCUUUAUUAUUCGAAAGCGCUGUAUACUGGUCUGAAUUUGGAUAUCGAGUAGUUUACAUUCAAAUAUCUCAGAUGAAGUCUUUACCAAUUCCAUUAGAUGGUGCCAAGCCACCUAGUGUUCAUGCACUGAAUCGUAUUACAUUCCUAACAUUGUCACAGUGGGAAGAUCUUGUCAAGUACACUUGUUCAAUACAUGAAAACAGUCCAAAUGUGCCACAUGUAAUUUUAGUAUCAGAAUUAAAUAAUUACUAUAUGAAUGACGAUAGUGAUCAAACUACAAAACUAGCACAUAUGCUAUGUGCUUGUUUGUGUGAUGCCAUUGCAUAUUGUAGUAAAGUACAUAAUUCUACAACAUAUUUAACCGUUUCAACGCAAGACACUACACUUGAAACACAUAAACUAUCUGCAAUGUAUUUCCCAUCAACCACGUGGAUUAGUAAUGUUGUUGAUGAUCAAGUAUUUUUUAGCAAAAAACAAUUGUAUUCACACCAACAGCAUAGCUGUAAAAUAAAGUUUAUCAAAGUGAAUAAUAAACUAAGGUGUGAUUCUGUAGAAGAAUUAUAUAAUAUGUGAUAUAUUUUUGUUAUUAUAUUAUUAUUGUUCAUGUUUUCAAAGUGUUUUGUAUUUUUUUUUUUUUUUUAUUUAAGUCAAUAUAAAAUAUUAUGCAAAUAUGCACAAAUAUUUUACAAAUUUCAAUAUUGCAACUAUACCAUUUUGGUCCACUACAAAAGUUUUAAUGGGACCUCUUCAUAUAAUCUUAUUGUUUAUAUUAUAAAAUCUAAACUUCUAUAAUAUGAAAUCUUUAAUUUGUAAUGGGCAUUUUUAAAUAUACACAUAUACCUCAGACA